AUGGCCUACUUUAAUCCAGUGGACUGCUCCAAGCUCCUGACCACGGACCAGUAUGACCAGAUCAGGGUGUACUCUGAUUGGUCAACUCCUCAGCAGAUUAUCCAGCGCCUCACACCUAUCAAGCUUCAUCUUCAAUCUUUGUUUGUGUCUCCAGGUGCCCUGAGGACCAUCGAUAUCUACGAUGCCAACACAGGAGAGCUGGCAUGCCAACUACUGGACCCCAACGCCCCUGGCAUCAUAUCUGUCAACAAGUUCAAUCCGAUGGGAGAUGUUUUAGGAUCUGGAAUGGGAGUGAACAUCCUAGUGUGGAACAGAAGUGAGACAUUUGCUGGUAAGCAGCAGAGAGGAGAGCUACAACAGGAAGCAGGAGUCCAGGUUGGCAGAGGUAGAGGCCAGCGGAGGAGAAGAGGGGAGGCUCGGAGGAGGGGGGAGGGACGGGGGGAGGAUGAGGACGACAUUGGGAAGCUGAAGAAGAAGCUGUCUUCCUCCUCGACGACCAGAACCAGAACAUCCAGGGACAAACAGCACAACAGCCAGACACGGAAGGGUCCAGAUAAAUAAUCAGGGAGAAGGAGAGAGGUUGUUUGUGAUGUUUGAAAGAGUUACGUAGUUAUUUCUGUGACAUUGUCGUAUACAGGUAACUACCAAAAUAAAGGAAACACCAACAUAAAGUGUCUUAAUAUUGCGUUUGGCCACCACCAACCGCCAGAACAGAUUCAAUGCACCUUGGCAUAGAUUCUACAAGUGUCUGGAACUCUAUUGGAGGGAUGCGACACCAUUCUUCCACGAGAAAUUACAUCAAUUGGUGUUUUUUGUUGAUGGAAAACACUGUCUCAGGCACCACUCCAGAAACUCCCCAUAAGUACAUUUACAUUUUUAGUCAUUUAGCAGACACUCUUAUCCAGAGCGACUUACAGUAGUGAAUGCAUACAUUUCAUAUUAUUUUUUUUUUUUUCUUCUCCGUACUGGUCCCCCGUGGGAAUCGAACCCACAACCCAGGCGUUGCAAACACCAUGCUCUACCAACUGAGCUACACGGGACCAAGUAUUGAACUGGGUUGAGAUCUGGUGACUGAGACACACCCUCUAUGUUCCUUUGAGAGCCCUCUUUCAGUCACUGAGACACACCCUCUAUGUUCCUUUGAGAGCCCUCUUUCAGUCACUGAGAUCUCUUCUUCUAGCCAUAAUGGGCAACUGGGAAUUUUUAUACGUGACCCUAAGAAUGAUGGGAUGUUCAUUUCUUAAUUAACACAGGAACCUGUGUGGAAGCACCUACUUUCAAUAAAUGUUGUAUCCCUCAUUUA